AUGGUUGUCUACAAGUCUACGUUUCCACCUAUCGAUUUACCAAACGUCGAUCUUUAUACCUUCUUAUUUGCACCCAAUGAAUACAAUGCCCGCUUACCACACGAUCGCAAAGUGGUUAUUGACGGCCACACAGGCCGAUCCUUAACAUAUUCCCAAGUUCGCGACCUCUCAGGACGUCUUGCCACUGGCUGGAAGGAGAAGGUUGGAUUGAAAAAGGGUGAUAUUGUUGCAAGCUUUGCACCCAAUCAAUAUGAUCACAUUGUUGUGUAUCUAUCAUUGUUGGCAGCACAGGUCACUGUCACCCCUGGCAAUCCCAGCUAUACCGAAGCCGAAUUCCUUCAUCAAAUCUCAAACUCGGGUGCCAAGGCAUUGGUUACUGUACCUGCAUUGCUUCCAGUAUUGCUCAAGGUCUGUGCCAAGGUGGGCAUUCCAAAGGAGCGCAUCUUUUUGUAUGGCGAAAAUGAUGCUCAAGGUAUUCCCUCUGUCUACUCGUUGCUUGCCGACAAGCCUGUUGCCUUCCCCAUCAAGGGCAUCAAUCCCAAAGAAGAUGUUGCGUUCGUCUGCUACUCUAGUGGCACCACUGGUCUCGCUAAAGGUGUCAUGCUUACCCAUCGCAACUUUAUCUCGCAAACCAUGCUCUCCAAUGCUGUCGGUGAAAAAGAUAAGGCCGAAGACGAUAUCGUGCUUGGCUUCUUGCCUUUCUUCCACAUUUUUGGCUUAACGGUGCUAUGUCUCAACGCAUUCUACAAGCUGCAACCAGUGGUUGUCAUGUCCAAGUUUGAUUUGCAACUCUUCUGUGAGCUCAUUCAAAAGUACAAGAUCACGCUCGUUAGCAUUGUGCCUCCUGUUGCUGUCGCUUUGGCCAAGCAUCCUUUGGUGACCAAGUAUGACUUGAGCUCGGUACGCAUCUUGGGUUGUGGUGCUGCACCUUUGGGCAAGGAACAUAUCGAGGCUUUGAAGUUGCGUAUGCCUGCACAGUUGAAACAAGGUUAUGGCAUGACUGAAACUACCAGUGGUGUUAUUUCUCAACAAGCUGAUGGUGGUACUCCAGGCUCCAUUGGUGUUAUUUAUCCUAACAUUGAAGCCAAGAUUGUGGAUGUGGAUUCUGGUAAAGAGCUUGGAGAUAAUCAAGAAGGUGAAUUGUUGGUCCGUGGCCCUAGCAUCAUGAAGGGAUACUUGAACAAUGAUGAAGCCAACGCCAAGACUUUUACUACUGACGGCUGGAUGCGUACUGGUGAUGUCUGCAAAUUUGACAGCACAACCCAAGAAUUCUACAUUAUGGAUCGUCUUAAGGAGCUUAUCAAGUACAAGGGCUUCCAAGUUGCUCCUGCUGAAUUGGAAGCUUUGCUUUUGAGUAUGCCUGAGGUUGCUGAUGUAUGUGUUAUUGGCGUUUACGACUCUUCUCAAGCAACCGAGCUUCCUCGAGCAUACAUUGUUCCACAAGCCAACGUUAAAGCUGAUGCAGCUCUUGCCAAAAAGAUCAAGGACUUUGUUGCUUCUCAAGUGACCAACUAUAAGCAAUUGCGUGGUGGUGUGCACUUCUUGGAGCAGAUUCCCAAGAGCACAAGUGGCAAGAUCCUCCGACGACAAGUGAGAGAUAUGGCAAAGAAACAAGAUGCUGCUGCUGCUCCUGUUCAAGCCAGAUUGUAG